CGCACAGGUCCUACACUCAGCUGGGGCGGAAACAAUCUGCGGCUGCAGGUUUGCCACCGGCGGCAAAAAAAGGGGACACACGCAGGACUGAGGAGGAACUGAGAAUGAAUGACCGCGUUCAAACAAAGUGACCGUGAGUUUCUGUUGGGAAAGCAUCAAGAUCUGCAGCAAACUGUGCAGGAUUGCCUUCAUCUCCAAAAUCCGGGUUGCAGCCGGUGAUUGGCAGGAGGAGGAGAGUCUGACGGAGGAGCAGAGGAAUGUUGGCAGCCAUUUAGUCUGAGCUCAACAACGGAGGAAACAUGGAUUCUUCACAAAAAAAAUGUAAACACAGCAAUGGAGUGAGAUGUGGGACUUCUGAGGAGGAUAAGGAUGGUUCAGCAACAACAGCAAAAAGAGAUGAAUCACUGAGUUGUGAGCAAUGUGGCAAGACUUUUAUCACAGCAACAAAGCUAAGAAUUCACAAACGUAUUCACACUGUGGACAAACCAUUCAGCUGUGAUCAGUGUGGAAAGGCUUUUACUCUGAAGAGUACUCUAGCAAGUCAUCAACUCAUUCACAGUGGAGUUAAACCAUUCAGCUGUGAUCAAUGUGGAAAGGCUUUUACUCACAAGAGUCAUCUAACAAGUCAUCAACUCAUGCACAGUGGAGUGAAAUCAUUCAACUGUGAUCAGUGUGGAAAGGCUUUUACUCACAAGAGUAAUCUAGCAAAUCAUCAACUCAUUCACAGUGGAGUGAAACCAUUCAGCUGUGAUCAGUGUGGAAAAGCUUUUACUCAGAAGGGUCACUUAAAAAGCCAUCAACUCAUUCACAGUGGAGUUAAACCAUUCAGCUGUGAUCAGUGUGGAAAGGCUUUUACCCACAAGAGUCAUCUAACAAGUCAUCAACUCAUGCACAGUGGAGUUAAACCAUUCAGCUGUGAUCAGUGUGGAAAAGCUUUUACUCUGAAGGGACACUUAAAACAUCAACUCAUUCACAGUGGAGUGAAACCAUUCAGCUGUCAUCAGUGUGGAAAAGCUUUUACUGAGAAGGAUUACUUCAAAAGACAUCAACUCAUUCACAGUGGAGUGAAGCCAUUCAGCUGUGAUCAAUGUGGAAAGGCUUUUACUCAGAAGAGUGAGCUAGCAAAACAUCAACUCAUUCACAGUGGAGUUAAACCAUUCAACUGUGAUCAGUGUGGAAAGGCUUUUACCCACAAGAGUCAUCUAACAAGUCAUCAACUCAUGCACAGUGGAGUUAAACCAUUCAGCUGUGAUCAGUGUGGAAAAGCUUUUACUCUGAAGGGACACUUAAAAAAACAUCAACUCAUUCACAGUGGAGUGAAACCAUUCAGCUGUCAUCAGUGUGGAAAAGCUUUUACUCUGAAGGGACACUUAAAAAGACAUCAACUCAUUCACAGUGGAGUGAAACCAUUCAGCUGUGAUCAAUGUGGAAAGGCUUUUACUCAGAAGAGUACUCUAGCAAAUCAUCAACUCAUUCACAGUGGAGUUAAACCAUUCAACUGUGAUCAGUGUGGAAAGGCUUUUACUCUGAAGAGUACUCUAGCAAGUCAUCAACUCAUGCACAGUGGAGUUAAACCAUUCAGAUGUGAUCAGUGUGGAAAGGCUUUUACUCUGAAGAGUACUCUAGCAAGUCAUCAACUCAUUCACAGUGGAGUUAAACCAUUCAGCUGUGAUCAAUGUGGAAAGGCUUUUACUCAGAAGUGUGAUCUAGCAAAACAUCAACUCAUUCACAGUGGAGUUAAACCAUUCAACUGUGAUCAGUGUGGAAAGGCUUUUACUCACAAGAGUCAUCUAACAAGUCAUCAACUCAUUCACAGUGGAGUGAAAUCAUUCAACUGUGAUCAGUGUGGAAAGCUUUUACUCACAAGAGUACUCUAGCAAAUCAUCAACUCAUUCACAGUGGAGUGAAAUCAUUCAACUGUGAUCAGUGUGGAAAAGCUUUUACUCAGAAGGGUCACUUAAAAAGCCAUCAACUCAUUCACAGUGGAGUUAAACCUUUCAACUGUGAUCAAUGUGGAAAGACUUUUAAUCAGAAGAGUAAUCUAACAAGCCAUCAACUCAUUCACAGUGGAGUUAAACCAUUCAACUGUGAUCAGUGUGUGAAAACCUUUACUCAACAUGAACAGUUGUUUAUCCAUCAAUGCCCCCAUUCUGGUAGAAAGCGGUACCACUGUGACUCCUGUGAAAAAACUUUCAGCUCCCAACAGAGAUUAAAACGUCACCAACGCAUCCACACUGGACAUGAUGUGUACGCAUGUGAUUACUGUGGCAAACCAUUUCUAUUGUACUCACAGUUAAAAGCUCAUGAAGUGACCCACACUGGGGUCAAACCAUACAUUUGUGACCAGUGUGGGAAACGCUACAGCUCCAUUGCAUACCUCAAAAUUCACCAACGUGUCCACACUGGGGAGAGACCAUACAGAUGUGACGAGUGUCAGAAGACUUUUACAACUUUGGGUUCCCUGAAACAACACCAGCAGAUCCACACCAGAAAGAAAGCAUUCAAUCAGUGUCACAGUGAGAACGGAACAGAUGGACAAAACUCUCAGACUUGUCAGCACUCUUCCAAUGGUGAACAGUGCUGCUUUGACCA